AAAUAGUUAACUACUCCGUAACUUAUCAUUGAUUCUAAUUUUGAGAAAACCCGCCCAGGAAACAAACUCACCAGCUGUAUGAACAACGACGUGUCCAGCGCUAAUGAUAACCGGGCGGUGCUGACUGGUCUUCUUCACAGUACGCCAGACGAAAAAAAAAGGGAAGAAAGAAACCAAGGAUUCUUCACCCUUGCUGGAAUAGGAAAUGGUGCCCUGGUUGAUUUGUAAAUCCCAUCUUGUGGAGGGAGAUACUGGUUGGUCAAAAAAAGAAGGCUGCCGUGGCCCCCAAAAAGCCCCAUCCAAGCGGCAUCGCUGGGCAUUAUCAUUGAAUAUUAUGAUUGGAUCUCAGGCCAGCCGCCGCGGACUCGCAACGGCAACCCCCGUCUGGGCACUGUAUAUGGGGCCGGCGACCAAUCACUUAGCGUUCUUUGUCACAUUCCAACAUGUCAACAACGCAGCCUUGUGGGUGAAAACGUGAGGGCUGGUGAUAGGAGCAACGCCCCGAAUUUAUUUGUUGAAGGAGUUUAUCGAUCGGGCUGUUCUCCGUGAUUAUAUCUUAUUUUAUUUCGUUCUUUCUUCUCUUCUUCUUGUACUUCUUUUUCUUCUUCUUUCUUAGCCUCAUGUGUUCCGUCGUAUACGAUUCGCAGUAAUAAUCUAUAAUCUCCAAGCUCCCCCACUCAUGACUCUCUACCAACGCCUCUCACCCGCCCGCAGCGAGGGGGAUCGGACAGGUAGCAGCAAAGGUACCACCCCGCUCAAACAACAAAAUCCCGCCCAAAAACCCCAGCUCCUACGCGCCAGCGAGCUACCAUCCUGGUACGCACACAAUACCUACCUCCUCACCGGCUACCGACCCAUCACGGGCUCCGUGCGCCUGUGCAUCGACAGCCUGCGCACCCUGCACAACGAGACGGUCAACAUCUACUCGCACCUGCUCCCUGCCGCGAUCGCGCUGGCCAGCAAUGCGAUUCUGCAUCUGUAUUUCCGCGCGCGGUAUCCGGACGAGGCGGUACUGGCGCUGCAGCACCGGCUGGCGGUCCACAUCUACCUGACGACGUCGGUCUUGUGUUUUGGGAUCUCGUCUGCGUACCACACGCUGCUGUGUCAUUCGGAGGAGUAUGCGGGGCUGUGGGGGAGGAUGGAUUAUGUGGCUAUCCUGCUGCAGACGAUCGGGUCGUUUGUGUCGGGGAUUUAUGUUACGUUUGAUUGCGAGCCGGGGUUGAGGCGGGUGUAUUGGACUAUGACUCUCGCACUGGGAACCCUAUCCGCCAUCAUCGUCGUGAGUCCCAAGUUCCAAAGCAGCCGGUGGCGGAUGCUCCGGCUCGCCACGUUUGUCGCAACGGGGCUGUCGGGAUUAUUGCCCAUCAUCCAUGCCGCGUGCAUAUAUCCGUAUGCCGAAUGGAGCCCGCGGGCGGGUUUGGGCUACUACCUGCUCGAGGGCCUGGCGCUCAUUGUUGGCACGCUCUUCUAUGCGACGCAUUUCCCCGAGUCGUGGACGCCGGAGAAGUUCGAUAUCUGGGGGGCGUCUCAUCAGAUUUUCCACCUGUUUGUGGUGCUCAGUGCCGGAAUCCAUAUCUGGACGCUUUUCAGCGUGUUGGAUUGGAUCUAUGCGAAUCCGCGGUGCGUGAUUUGAGGGAGUUUUCUAGGGACAAUAAUGAAAAGAUUAGAUUAGACUAUGGUUAAGAUUUGGAUAGCAGCAGCUGCUUGGAUAUAGACUUUGACUUUUUUGCACCGGUGGGGAAGGGUGUUCUUUCAAGCCCCUUUGUUUUUUCCCUUCCGUGUCCAUUUCUGCGUCAUUUGUUGGGGUAGUUAGUUAGACUCAUUCAUCUACGCUGUAGAGAGCUGCAUAUAGAGGUUAUUAUUAGCAAAGGAGGAGGGCUUGGGAAACUAGAUCAGGAUAUUAUCAACCUCGCCAACCGGCAAUAUUCAUGCCUCAACUCGUGGAGUUUUUGCAUUGUAUUCAGCGCGGGGGUUAGUGGGCGGGCUGUCUGUCUAUUCUUUCCAUACCGGAUCUCUCAUGGAUGAUAGAUAGAAAAUGAUCCGGGG